AUAUUCCAACUCUCAUUUUUCAUCUCUUUCUUCUUAUUUCUUUCUAAAUUUUAGUAUCUGAACAGACAUUGUUGCAUGCACUGAAAGAUAUGUCAAUAGUUUCUUUAGAGAAGUACAUUGUUUUUUUUCGUCGUAAAAUUAAACUAGUCCACUGCAAUUGACAUCAGAGAGAUUCAAAUCUGAAACUUUAAGAGGAGCACAUUCUAAAAUCUCAAGUCAAUAAAAAUCAAAUCAAUCCAUUUGAUGUUUGCAGAAGUAAUCCACUUCUUGUAGUGAUACAUGGAGUAAACUGAUCACAUUACAAUACGAGCAUAAUUGAAAAGAUGAAAAAGAACCUAGUUCAUGCACUUGUUGGUUGUUUCCAUAUGAUGUUUUCAACAAUAUUCGUAUAUAGUAUUCUACCUUGAAGUACACAAAGUGAUCAAUAGUUCAAAUUCCAAGAUUUUGAGCAACAAAGUAAAGCUAAAAGAUGGAAAACUUUUGGAGCAUGAUUUGUGGAGACUGUGGUAAUGUUGAUAAUGAAGGAAAACCUUUCUGUUAUGAUUUAGCACUUUUGAAAGAUCCUUCUUCAUGCAUCAACCAUGUGUUGGUCAUUUCAUUUGAUGUGAUAGUCCUUACCAUGUUGAUAUUUAUCAUGAUCCUGAAGUCUUCCUCGAGACCUUUUCGAAGUCUAGUACGAUAUUCAAACUUGCAGUUAGUUUCUGCCAUAACCAAUGGCUUUCUAGGUUUGUUGCAUUUAUCCUUAGGAGUUUGGAUUUUAGAGGAGAAGUUAAGGAAAAACCAUGAAGUCUUCCCUCUUAAUUGGUGGUUGCUAGAACUCUUUCAUGGUUUAACAUGGUUGUCGAUAAGUUUAUCUGUCAGCCUUCAGAUGAAACAACUUACAAGAGCAUGGUUGUGGAUGUUUUCUGCUCUCAUGCUCUUUGUUUCUUUUAUAUUAUGUGUUUUAUCCGUGUCUUAUGCGAUUGGGAGCACCGAACUGUCCCUCGAGGCAGCUUUAGAUGUUCUAUCUUUUCUAGGAGCAACUUUGCUGUUGUUAUGCACAUACAAAGCAUGUACAUGUGAAGUCGAUCCUGUAAAUGGUGAAAGCCUUUAUGCUCCUUUAAAUGGCCAGUUCAAUGAAGUUGAUCCUGCUAGCAAUGUAACCCCUUUUUCCAAUGCUGGAUUCUUUAGAAAGACUUCGUUUUGGUGGUUGAAUCCAUUGAUGAAAACGGGUCUAGAGAAAACACUUCUAGACGAUGAUAUCCCAAAGUUAAGAGUGUUUGACCGAGCAGAAAGUUGUUAUUUUUCAUUUGUUGAACAGUUAAACAAACAAAAACAACAUGAACCAUCAUCACAUUUGUCGGUUUUAUGGACAAUAAUUUUGUGCCACAAGAGAGAGAUUUUGAUAACAGGAUUCUUCGCUUUUCUCAAGGUACUCACACUAUCUUCUGGUCCUAUGAUUCUGAAUGAAUUUAUAUUGGUUGCUGAAGGUAAUGAAAGUUUCAAAUAUGAAGGUUAUUUAUUAGCCAUAUCAAUCUUCCUUGUAAAGAUCAUAGAAUCUAUAUCUCAAAGACAAUGGUAUUUCCGCAGUAGACUUGUUGGAGUGAAAAUUCGAUCUUUACUUACUGCAGCCACUUAUAAAAAAAUGUUAAGUCUAUCAAAUUCGGCUAGAUUGAAUCACUCUGGUGGUGAGAUAAUGAAUUAUGUUACUGUCGAUGCUUAUAGAAUUGGAGAAUUUCCAUUUUGGUUUCACCAGACUUGGACAACAAGCCUCCAAUUGUGUAUUGCAUUGAUAAUUCUUUUCCGCACAAUUGGACUAGCAACACUCGCAUCAUUGGUGGUGAUAGUUCUCACUGUGCUUUGCAACGCUCCACUAGCAAACUUACAACACAAGUUUCAAACCCAACUUAUGGUGGCGCAAGAUGAGAGAUUAAAGGCGAGUUCGGAGGCUCUUGUGAAUAUGAAAGUGUUGAAGCUAUAUGCAUGGGAAACACAUUUUAAAAAUGUUGUAGAUAAUUUAAGAAAUGUCGAACUCAAUUUUUUAUCUCCGGUGCAAUUAAGAAGAACAUACCAUAUAUUUAUCUUUAUGACAUCCCUGAUGUUGGCGUCAACAGCAUCUUUUUUUGCAUGCUACUUCUUGAAGAUUCCUCUGAAUGCAAGUAAUGUUUUCACAUUGGUCGCAACUUUGCGCCUUGUUCAAGAUCCAAUUGCAAACAUCCCAGAAGUUAUUGCAGCGAUCAUUCAGGCGAAAGUUGCAUUUGCUCGGAUUGUUAAUUUCCUUGAGGCACCAGAACUGCAGAGUGAAAAUUUUAGGAACAGGUGCUUUAAAGAUGACCUCAAAGACACAAUUUCAAUAAAAUGUGCCGACUUUUCAUGGGAAGGUAACUCGUCAAAGCCAUCACUAAGGAACAUAAAUUUAGAUGUUAGACAUGGGCAAAAGGUGGCCAUUUGUGGAGAAGUUGGUUCCGGAAAAUCAACCAUCUUAGCAACAAUUCUUGGAGAAGUUUCUAAAACAAAGGGAACUAUUGAUGUUCAUGGGAAGUUUGGAUAUGUUUCUCAAACAGCAUGGAUACAAACAGGCACGAUACGUGAAAAUAUUUUGUUUGGAUCUGAGUUGGAUGAUCAAAGAUAUCAAGAAACACUUCAGAGGUCUUCACUGGAAAAGGACCUUGAGUUGUUUCCCUAUGGAGACCUCACUGAAAUAGGCGAGAGAGGAGUUAAUUUAAGCGGAGGUCAAAAGCAACGAAUUCAACUUGCUCGCGCUCUUUAUAAGAAUGCUGAUAUAUAUCUUUUGGAUGAUCCAUUUAGUGCCGUUGAUGCACAUACUGCAAAAAAUUUGUUAAAUGAAUACAUCAUGGAAGGACUGAAAGGGAAAACUGUCUUACUCGUGACUCAUCAAGUCGAUUUCCUCCCCGCGUUUGAUAAUAUAUUGUUAAUGUCUAAUGGAGCAAUACUACAAGCUGGUUCAUAUCAACAGCUAUUGAGCUCAAGCCAAGAAUUCCAUAACCUUGUCAAUGCUCACAAGGAGACUGCUGGUUCUAACCAACUUGUGAGUGUUACUUCUUCCGAGAGACAUUCAACUUCCGGAAAGAGUACGCUGGAUCGCGUGUUGAAAGAAUUUAUACCCCCAAGUGGAAAUCAAUUAAUUCAGGAAGAAGAAAGAGAGAUAGGAAAUACAGGAUUGAAGCCUUACUUACAAUAUCUAAAUCGGACGAAAGGCUAUAUAUUAUUCUCUGUGGCUUCCCUUUGUUUCCUUUUUUCUGUGGUUUGUCAGAUACUGCAAAACUCAUGGAUGGCUGCUAAAGUUGACGAUCCCCUCGUCAGCACAUUGCAAUUGAUUUUAGUUUAUUUCGUUAUUGGUGUUUUUUCAAUAAUUUUCUUGUUCAUCAGAUGUCUACUUGUAGUUGCUUUAGGUCUUCAAUCGUCAAAAGAUUUAUUUUCACAGUUGAUGAACUCCCUCUUCCGUGCACCCAUGUCAUUUUACGACUCUACACCAUUAGGAAGAGUCCUUACUAGGGUCUCAUCUGAUCUUAGUAUUAUGGAUAUUGACAUUCCAUUUAUCCUCAGUUUUGCCGUGGGGGGCACUAUAGUUCUCUAUUCUAAUCUUAUAGUUUUGGCUGUUGUCACAUGGAAAGUCUUGAUUGUGGCUAUACCAAUGGUUUAUGUUGCAUUUCGCUUGCAGAGAUACUACUUUGCCUCAGCAAAAGAACUAAUGCGGUUGAAUGGCACAACAAAAUCCUCUUUAGCGAAUCAUGUAGCCGAAACUGUUGCUGGAGCUGUAACAAUAAGGGCUUUUGAGGGGGAAGAUCGUUCUUUUGAGAAGAACCUUGAUCUAAUUGAUAAUAAUGCAAGUGCUUUUUUUCAUAGUUUUGCCUCAAACGAAUGGUUGAUCCAACGAUUAGAAACACUCAGUGCAGUUGUUCUCGCCGCUGCAACACUUUGCAUGGUUAUGCUUCCUCCCGGAACAUUCCCCUCAGGAAUUAUUGGCAUGGCUCUAACUUAUGGCCUAUCACUAAACGGUGCCUUAAUAUUUGCAAUUCAAAAUCAAUGCACUCUUGCUAAUCACAUAAUAUCAGUAGAGAGGCUAAAUCAAUAUAUGCAUAUACAAAGCGAGGCCGAAGAAAUUAUAGAAGGAAAUCGUCCUCCUUUGAAUUGGCCAGUUGCUGGAGAAGUAGAAAUAAAUAACUUGAAGAUACGAUAUAGACAUGGCGGACCACUUGUACUUCAUGGCAUCACAUGUACAUUUAAAGCAGGUCACAAGAUUGGUAUUGUUGGCAGAACAGGCAGUGGGAAGUCCACUCUUAUCGGUGCUUUAUUUCGCCUUGUGGAACCAGCAGGUGGAAAAAUUGUAGUUGAUGGCAUAGAUAUCUCAUCUAUUGGCCUACAUGAUUUGAGGUCACGUUUUGGUAUUAUACCUCAAGAUCCUACACUUUUUAACGGGACAGUAAGAUUUAACUUGGACCCUUUAUCUCAACACACCGAUCAAGAGAUAUGGGAGGUUCUUGGGAAGUGUCAAUUGCGAGAAGUCGUCCAAGAGAAAGAAGAGGGUUUAGAUUCAUCAGGUACAUUUUCAAGUCUCAUUGUCAUAGCUACGUUAGAAGUUCAUUGUGUUUCCAAGUUAGUAUUAACUAGUGAAGAUUGUUACGCAGUUGUUGAGGAUGGAUCAAACUGGAGCAUGGGACAACGACAGUUAUUCUGUUUGGGACGUGCUCUUUUGAGAAGAAGUAAGAUUUUGGUAUUGGACGAAGCAACUGCGUCAAUUGAUAAUUCUACUGAUCUGAUUGUGCAGAAAACCAUUAGGGCUGAGUUCGCAGAUUGUACAGUAAUCACUGUCGCACACAGAAUACCAACUGUGAUGGAUUGCAAUAUGGUUCUUGCUAUAAGUGAUGGAAAAUUGGCGGAGUACGACGAACCAACGAGCUUGAUGAAGAGGGAAAACUCGAUGUUCAGGCAGCUUGUCAAAGAAUACUGGUCUCAUUUUCAGUCCACAGAAUCGCAUUGAUGCUACCAAUAUCUUUCAAGCCAGCACUAUUGUUUGAUUUGUUUCUCUGACUUUUUCUUUUUCUUUUGUACAAAGACCUAAUAUUCCAAUCAUUGUUAUGAUUUUUUUUAUUAAAAUCAUUGGCAUGAUUUUAUUCCUAUAGUUUUUCAGUUGAGAAUAUUGUAAUAAGGUCACUUCAUCAGAUAUAGAUCAGAUUUUGGUAUCAAUAUUUCAUUUUA